AUGAAUGAAGAAAAAGAAGAUAAAAAUGAUGAUCCACGAUUUGAAUUUAUUUAUCAAUAUUUAAUGCGAUCGAGCAAAAUAAAACCUGAUAAAUGGAUAAAAAUGCUAACCAACGAAGACUCUAAGAAUGUUAUUAUAAAUUUUUUCAAUACACCGGAUGAAUAUAUAUUGACAAUAAAUGUGUCAUCUACUGGAGCAAUAGUUCCAGUUUUAGGAAUUCAAUCAAACGCUAAAAACAAAUUGUCCUAUUUCGUGAAACGUCAGCCAGUAAUUAUAACAGAAAUAAACUAUAGAGAAGUUCUGAUUCCUGGUGAUAUGUCACCUAAACCUAUUGAUGAUCUGUCAGUAUUGGUGCAAGAGGUUUACGUCCCGAUUCUUACUAACCCUGAAAAUUCAGAUGAUUGGCCGGAAUUAUUAACCAAUGAUGUUAAGAAACAUAUUUAUGAUUUACAAAGUUCAAUAUGUCAGCUACGGGGUAAAAUGACAGGUCACACAUUACUAUCAAUGCCCAUGGGCAAUGAGAAAUUAUUUAAAAUGGAAAGACUCACAAAUAAGGAAGAUAUCGAUUUAAUGUUAAAAAGUAACAUUGAAGAAAUUGUUAUCAGAUGGUUGAAUCAAGUCAACGAUGUUUUGGAUGAAGUUAACAUGCGUUUAGCCAAUAGUGAUAAUCAAUUAUUUCCUAGUGCAGAAGUUAUAUUUUGGCAAGAACGAUUGAAGAAUUUAGAAUCGAUUUACGAUCAAAUGUGUGAUCCACGAGUUAAAAAAAUAGCUUUUUUACUAGAGCUCACUAAGAGUUCAUAUUUAAAAUCUUUUGAAACUCUAUUCAAAAACGUCAUAGCAGCCAUCGUCGAAGCGCGAGAUAUUUAUUUGCACUUAAAACCACUGCAGUCACAGUUUAUCGAAAUAGAAGGAAGCGAUAUCGAAGAAUUGAAAUUAAAAUUAAAACAACUGCUUCAUUUAAUUUGUCUUGCUUGGGCUAACUCAAAACAUUAUUGCACUACGACCAAUAUUAUCUAUUUACUCAAUGCAGUAGUAAAUCUUUUUAUAACUCAGGCGAUAAAAUAUCUUGAUCCCGGAAAUUUAUUUCAAACAGAUAUUCAUGAUAACCUUAUUAAAGUGACACUUGUACUAGAAACAAUUCAGCAUUUCCGCGAUUUAUUUGAACAAUUUCGUCUAAAUAUUGCUUACUACUUUAAAAAUUCAGCUCAACUUGUCAGUUGGACGUUUCAUGAGAAGUUAGUUCUAGAACGAUUAAUUCAAUUUGAGAAACGGUUAAAACAGAUUCAGAAUUUAUUUGAAAUCGCAAACGAGUAUUCAAAAUUAGAGCGGAUUGAAAUAGCCGGUUUCAAAGGUAAAAUAUUGGUUGACAAGAUAAACCAAGUGUACAAUGAAUUUAUAAAAAGUUAUAACGAAUUGGGUGCUGUGGAAUAUGACAUUUUAUUUCCGGAGGAUGAUAAAUUUUUAAAUGACAUCACCAUCUUUUUAAAUAAAGUUGAAGAAUAUGACAAAAAAUUAGCUUCUAUAUUUGAUAAGGCUUUUAACGAGUGCCACGAUAUUGAAAAAAUGAUAAAACUAAUUUUUAUAAUUGAUCCAAUUUCUCAAAGGCCAAUUAUACAAUCACAGUUAUGGGAUAACUAUGAAAAAUUACUGUCGCUUAUUCACAAUUAUCUUGAUGAAAUUAAGAUUGUGUUCGAUAAUAAUUUUGGAGUAGAAAAUACAAUUUGUAUAAAAGAUGAUGAACAUUUUCCACCCGUAGCUGGUAAAUUAGGCUUGCUAAUGAAAUUACAACGUCAUAUUGAUUAUCCUAUAGAAUCAAUUAAAUUAAUUAAUCAUCCGAUAUUUGUAACACAAUCUGGACUAGAUAUUAUAAAUAAACACGAUGAGAUUCAAACAUUAUUAUAUGAAACCGAAAAUAAAAUAUUUACCGAGUGGUCUGACAGCGUACCGAAAAUUUGUUAUGAAAAUUUAAUGAAACCUCUUUUUGUUACUGACAAUAACAAAUUAAAGUCAAAUUUGAAUCCUGAAAUUGAAAUUAUUUUAAAAGAAACAAAAUAUAUGACUAUGUUGGAAAAAAAUAAUUUGCCAAAAGAAGCUGUCGAUUUGUUUACGAAAACACAAUUUUUCGUUGACACUAAAUACAAUAUUGGUCUGAUUGUUAAUUGGUACAACGAAAUUCGAUCGAAAUGUUCAGACGUAGAGUUUGAAUUAUUACAAGAGGAAAUACGAAUGAUUGAUGAUAUGAUUGAUGAGGGACAGAUUAAUUAUAACUGGAACUCACCAGAAAUACCAGAUUACAUUAAUAAGUUAUUAAUACUUGUGAGGAAUUUGUAUUAUCGUAAAUUGAAAGCCGUUAAUAAUAUCGAUGAUUUAAUGAAGAGUAUAAACGAUUGGGCAAUGGCGCCAAUUUUGGAACGCAAAGACAAUAAAGUUGAGAAUUUAAUUGCGAUUGGAGAUCGUAAAGAAAAAUUUGACAGACGCUAUAGCACUAUUGAGCGGACACAAGAAGAAAUAAAACGAAUUUUGGAUGAAAAUUAUAAACUGUAUUUUAAUAUUUCACCUGAAUCAGCCUACAUCGCAAACGAGUCAGAGCUUGAUUUAAGUUUAUUAAAUAAUGAUAAGCGUACUGUAAAUGCAGAUGAGAGAAUCGCAAAUCUCGAGUUAGUAAAGAGCGGAAUCGUAGGAGAAAAUGAAGAAAUUAAUGAUGCAGUUACAAAUGGUGAAAUGACGAUAACGGAAAUCUCGACAAAGGAUAAUGGAACUGAAGAAGAUUCAGAACUCAAGGCAAUUAGACUAGUCAAGUGGAAACCUUAUCUUAUUUAUAUUGAUCAAUUGAUAUCCAAAGCUUUGAUACAAGCUGUUUCAACUAGUGUCUGUUACAUACUAGACGAAACUGAUCCACAAGCCGAUGUAUAUCCAUUAUUUGAGGUAAAUCUAUGUUUAGAAAUUCCAAAUAUCAGUUUUCAUCCUCCUGUCGAGAUAGAACACCCCGAGGGAUUCUACGGGUUUUACGAAGGCUUAUUGUUUGAUAUUAUGAAAAUGGGAACAUUGAUAACUCGUUUAGAUCCCGAUAAAUUCGAACAACAAGAACAUUAUGGACUUGACUUAGUUGAAGACGAGCGAAUAGUAUUUAUGUUAGAAGAAACUUGUAACCGAGUUAAGGAAGCACUAAUUCAAGCUCAGGAAUAUGCUGCGAUAUACGAGACAUACAAUUGGAUAUGGCUCAACGACAGACAAGAGUAUCUCAAUUUUUUUUUACGUUACUCUAAAAAUUUAAACGCCGGAAAUGAAUCAAAAAAUAAAUCUGCGGUUAAUUUAUCAGAAUUUAAAGAGAAGAAACCUGAGCUAGUGGAUUUCAAACGUGAAAUUGAUUAUUUUAUUGAGCUAUACAAUAAAUGUAACGAAAUUGAAAAUGACAAAAUUUUAUGUCGUUGGUUUAAGAUCAAUAACAAAUUAUUUAAGCAAACAUUAUUAAAUACUAUUUGUAAAUGGUCUAAUAUUUUGAAGACACAUCUCGUCGAUCAUGUAGACAGUAGUUUGAAAGAAUUGUCAGAAUUUCUACAAAAAGCUACUAGCAGAUUUAAUCAGCCAAUUUUAGAAGAUGACUAUGAAGGCUUAUUAAAAACGAUGUACUAUUUGAAAGAAGUUAGAGAUAAGCAGUACAAAAUUGAUGGAAUGUUUGAUCCAAUAAAAGAGACCAUAAAUUUGUUGGAACAAUAUCAAGUAGAUUUCAGCGAACAAACUCAUCAAUGGCUCGUUGAGCUUCCAGAAUCAUGGGGAACUGUGAAAAAAUUAGCUGCACAAGUAAAACAACAAGUAGCGCCACUUCUAGCUCAUCAAGUAGAUCUCAUAAAAAAACGACUGAAUUAUUUCGACUACAAACAACAGCAGUAUUAUAAAAAAUUUCUCAAUAAUAAAUUAUUCAGCCCAGACUGCGAGAACGUUUAUGAAAAUCUCGACAAAUUAAAUUCAGAUGUAAAUGAACUUGAAUCUGAGCUAAAAACACUCAGAUCUUCAGCGGCAAUCCACGAAUUGCAGGUUCAAGAUUACAAAGAAAUAAACCAAUUGAGACGUGAACUUAAAUUAUUAAAAUGCCUUUGGGAUUACGUUAUCGUUAUAACAAGUAGUUUAAAUGAAUGGAAUACGACGACUUGGAAAAAAAUUGAUGUCGAAGGAAUGGAUCUCGAGUGUAAAAAAUUAAUCCGCGAACUACGAUUGUUAGAUAAAGAAUGCAAAUCGUGGGAGUUAUUUAAUUACAUCGAAGCUCAAGUUAAAAAUAUGAUGUCGUCAUUGAGAGCAGUAUCAGAGCUUCAGAAUCCUGCAAUCCGCGACCGCCACUGGCAGCAAUUAAUGGCAGAAACUCGAGUAAGAUUCACUAUGACUGACAAGACGACUCUCGAAGAUCUUUUAAAAUUAGAACUUCAUAAAUAUGAAGAAGAAGUUAAAAAUACCGUUGACAAAGCUGUCAAGGAAAUGGCGAUGGAGAAAAUAAUUAAAGAAUUAACCAACACCUGGGCUAAUUUAGAGUUUGAUAAAGAGUUUCACGAAAGAAGUAAAUUAAAUACUUUGAAAAUAAGUGAGGAGACUAUUGAAAUUUUAGAAGACAAUCAGGUUCAACUACAAAAUAUGAUGAACUCAAAAUCAAUUGGUUACUUUGUUGAAAUGGUUAAUGAUUGGCGGAAAAAAUUAAGCAACGCAGACGCAAUUAUCAAUAUUUGGUUUGAUGUGCAACGUGCUUGGAUACAUCUUGAAAGUAUAUUUAUAGACUCAGAAGACAUUCGAAAACAAUUACCUGAAGAUACGAAACGUUUUGAAAUAAUUGACCGGGAUUUCAAAGAAUUACUCAAGGAAAUGCUAGCCAAUCUUAAUAUAGUUAAGGCUACAAAUAGACCGAAAUUAUUGGAACGACUUGAAGAUUUACAAAUGCAAUUAAAUAUCUGCGAAAAAGCAUUGUUUAAUUAUUUAGAGAUGAAGCGGUUGGCGUACCCUAGAUUCUAUUUUAUUUCAUCUGCAGAUCUGCUUGAUAUUCUUAGCAACGGCAAUAAUCCAGAAUUGGUCUGCAAACAUUUAUCAAAACUAUACGACUCAAUAUCAAACUUAAAAUGGAAGUUAGAGUCAGGAAAGCCAAGCAAACUGGCUGUCAGCAUGAUAGCAAAAGACGGUGAGGAGAUGGAAAUACACGGAGUGUGUGAUUGCAGCGGUGUCGUGGAAACCUGGCUGAACAUUUUGACAUCGAGAAUGCAGAAGACCGUAAGAUACCAUUUUAAUCAAGCGGUGACGUCUUACGACGAGAAACCCCGCGAGCAGUGGAUCCUAGACUACCCGGCCCAGCCCGCUCUCUGCGGCACCCAAAUUUGGUGGACCGCCGAGGUGAACAUGGCAUUCGCGAGGCUCGAGGAAGGUUUCGAAAGUGCUCUCAAGGAUUACCAAAAAAAACAAAUAAACCAAUUGAACACACUCAUAACAAUAUUGUGCGGCGAGUUGACCGAUAAUGAACGACAAAAAAUAAUGACUAUUUGCACAAUUGAUGUUCAUGCGAGAGAUGUUGUUGGUAAAUUAAUAGCAACUAGAGCUGAAAAUUCAUCAAAUUUUCAAUGGCAAUCUCAACUACGUCAUAGGUGGGACGACGGUAUUGGUGAUUGUUUUGUUAAUAUUUGUGAUGCAAAUUUUGCAUAUGGGUAUGAAUACCUAGGAAAUGUUCCACGUUUGGUAAUAACUCCACUGACAGAUCGUUGUUAUAUAACGCUGACACAAUCACUACAUUUAGUGAUGGGUGGAGCACCCGCUGGCCCUGCGGGAACUGGUAAAACCGAAACAACCAAGGAUUUAGGUCGUGCUCUGGGUCAAAUGGUUUAUGUUUUUAAUUGUUCUGAACAACUUGAUUAUAAAUCGUGUGGAAAUAUUUACAAAGGACUGGCACAGACCGGAGCGUGGGGAUGUUUUGAUGAAUUUAAUAGGAUAUCUGUUGAAGUUCUUUCUGUGGUAGCGGUUCAAGUUAAAUGUGUACUGGAUGGUAUUAAAAGUAGAAAAAAUAAAUUUAUGUUUUUUGGAGAAGAGUUGAAUCUUAUUAAUACGGUCGGGAUGUUCAUUACCAUGAACCCUGGGUACGCGGGAAGGACAGAAUUACCGGAGAAUUUGAAAACGUUAUUUAGACCAUGUGCGAUGGUUGUUCCAGAUUUUGAUUUAAUUUGUGAAAUAAUGCUCGUCGCUGAGGGAUUUCAGAAGGCACGUUUGUUGGCACGAAAGUUUAUAACUUUGUAUUCACUUUGUCGAGAAUUAUUGUCAAAGCAAGAUCAUUACGAUUGGGGUCUUCGUGCAAUUAAAUCAGUUCUAGUUGUUGCGGGUAAACUAAAACGUGACGAUCGUCAGCGUCCAGAAGAUCAAGUUUUAAUGAGAGCUCUACGUGAUUUUAAUACUCCUAAAAUAGUUACUGAUGACACACCAAUUGUUCAACUCGAAGAACUUUUAAAUGUCCGACACUCAGUAUUUAUUGUCGGUAUGGCCGGUACUGGUAAAACAAAAGUUUGGAAAUCUCUUUAUCGUACUUACGUAAAUAAAAAACUUAAACCCUGCUACAAUGAUCUUAAUCCAAAAGCUGUUUCCAAUGAUGAACUUUACGGAGUUAUUAAUCCAGCAACAAGAGAGUGGAAAGACGGUUUGCUAUCAAUAUUAAUGAGGGAUCAGGCAAAUAUGUCGGGUAAUGGACCAAAAUGGAUAAUAUUCGACGGUGAUAUUGAUCCGAUGUGGAUUGAAUCACUUAAUACUGUGAUGGAUGACAACAAAGUAUUGACAUUAGCGAGUAAUGAGCGUAUCGCGUUAACUAAAUCAAUGAGAUUAUUAUUCGAAAUAUCAAAUUUACGUACUGCGACACCUGCUACUGUUUCAAGAGCUGGAAUUCUGUAUAUAAAUCCACAAGAUUUAGGUUCAAAUCCAUUUAUCAUAAGCUGGAUAGAAACACGUAUCAAUGCAGAACGUGCUAAUCUAAUGAUACUAUUUGACAAAUAUUUGCCGUCAUUACUUGAAGUUACCAAAAUAAAAUUCAAAAAAAUCACACCAAUACCAGAAAUAUGUCAUCUACAAAUGUUGUGUAAUUUAUUAGAUUGUUUGUUGACAAAUGAUAAUUUACCGCCAGAAUGUCCGAAAGAGUGGUACGAAUUAUAUUUCGCAUUUGCUUGUAUUUGGUCCUUUGGUUCAGCGCUUUUUAAAGAUCAAUUAAUUGAUUGGCGGAAUGAAUUCAGUAAAUGGUGGGUCAGUGAAUUUAAAACAAUUAAAUUUCCCUCUGAGGGAACAGUUUUCGAUUAUUACAUCGACAAUGAAACUAAAAAAUUCGUUCACUGGAAAAAUAAAGUCGUUAAAUUUAAACUGGACAUGGACAUUCCGCUUCAAUCUUCUUUAGUAUCAACCAGCGAAACUGCACGUCUGCGUUUUUUCAUGGAUAUGUUAAUGAAUAAAAAAGCCCCAGUUAUGUUGGUAGGAAGUGCUGGCUCAGGAAAAAGUGUUAUUGUUACCGACAAAUUGUCUUCUCUUUCAGAUAAUUAUAACGUCGCUAAUAUUCCAUUUAAUUAUUAUACUUCUUCAGAAAUGCUGCAACGAAUACUUGAAAAGUAUCUUGAAAAAAAGGCCGGCCGUAAUUAUGGACCGCCGGGAACUAAACAAUUGGUUUAUUUUAUUGAUGAUAUGAAUAUGCCGGAAGUUGAUACUUAUGGCACUGUACAGCCUCACACACUUAUACGACAACAUCUUGACUAUAAUCAUUGGUACGAUAGAGUAAAAUUAACUUUAAAAGACAUCUACAAUACACAAUACGUAUCUUGUAUGAAUCCAACAGCAGGAAGUUUUACAAUAGACCCGCGCUUACAAAGGCACUUUGCUGUGUUCGCUGUCAGUUUUCCAAGUCAUGAAGCAUUGAUCACCAUUUACAGUCAAGUUGUGCAGCAACACUUUUGUAAUCCUCUGCAAAAAAUAGAUAACAAGUUACUGUCAAUAGUAGAGCCGUUAAUAAAGGCGGCCUUGUAUCUGCACGACAAAGUGACGAGCACAUUUUUGCCAACGGCAACAAAGUUUCAUUAUGUAUUCAAUUUACGGGACUUAUCAAAUUUGUUUCAGGGCUACUUGUUUGCCAAUGGUGACACAAUUCCAAACUCAACAGAAGCUAUUCGUUUAUAUGUUCAUGAAGCUAGUCGUGUAUAUUGCGACAAGUUAGUUAAUUUUGAGGACAAAAGUGGGUUUGAAAUUCUCAUCCAUGAAACGCUAAAGAAAAAUAUUAACGAUUUAGAUGAGUCAUUAAUAUUUAAAAAGCCAUUAAUAUACUGUCAUUUCGCUGAGGGUAUGGGUGAUCCCAAAUACAUGCCCAUUAAAGAAUGGCCCCAGCUUACAAACUUGCUUGACGAAGCUCUAGCUAAUUACAAUGACCUGGUAUCAGGAAUGAAUUUAGUGAUGUUUGAAGAUGCAAUGCAUCAUGUUUGCCGUAUAAACCGUCUACUUGAAUCACCUAGAGGUAGUGUAUUGUUAGUAGGAGUUGGUGGUAGUGGAAAGCAAUCUCUGUCUCGUUUAGCAUCCUUUAUUUCCGGACUUGAGGUUUUUCAAGUGCAGUUAAAAAAAAACUAUUCGAUAAACGAUUUAAAAGUAGAUUUAGCUGAAUUAUAUUUGAAAGCUGGAUUAAAAAGUAUUGGAAUAACUUUUCUUAUGUCGGACUCACAAGUUGCGCAAGAAAAUUUUUUAGUCGUCGUUAAUGACAUGCUGGCAUCUGGCGAAAUAGUCGAGCUUUUUCCCGACGAUGAAGUUGAUAGCAUAAUAAAUACCCUUCGUAAUGAGGUAAAGCUCACUGGGCUGAUGGACACGAGAGAGAAUUGCUGGAAAUUCUUUAUCGAUCGUGUAAGAAAGCAACUCAAAUGCGUGUUAUGUUUCUCGCCGGUUGGAAUGACUUUGAGGAAGAGGGCUAGACAGUUUCCGGCACUGGUCAAUUGUACGUCCAUCAACUGGUUCCAAGAUUGGCCACUCAAUGCUUUGGAGUCCGUUUCUACUAGAUUUAUCUCUCAUUUAGACGAACUACCAGAAGAAUAUAAAGGAUCAGUAUCAAAAUUUAUGUCAUUUGUACACACAAGUGUUAAUGAAAUGUCAAAAAAUUAUUUACUUAAUGAAAAACGUUACAAUUAUACAACACCUAAAUCGUUUCUUGAACAAAUAUCACUUUACUCAAAACUAUUAGUUGAUAAAAUAAACAAUUUGAAAUCACGGAUUGUAAAACUUGAAAAUGGAAUUAUAAAAUUGGAAUCCUGCGCCGGACAGGUAGACGAACUGAAAGAGAUUCUAGCUGUUCAGGAAGUUGAGUUGAAUAAGAAGAACGAGAUAGCUGACAAAAUCUUAGCGGAGGUACGAGAAGAGAAUACAAAAGCGGAAGUGGAGAAGGCGAUAGUUUCUGAGGAGGAAGCCAGAGUAGCUGAGAUUAAGGAGCGAGUGUCACUGAGACAAAAAAGGUGCGAUGAGGAUUUGGCUAAAGCUGAACCGGCUGUAAGACAAGCUGAAGCUGCUUUAGAUACUUUGAACAAGAACAAUUUGACUGAGCUCAAGUCCUUUGGUACGCCACCAGAAGCCGUAGCAAUUGUUGCUCAAGCGGUUUUAGUACUCUUUUCCCCAAAGGGCAAAAUCCCAAAGGAUCGAAGUUGGAAGGCCUGCAAAGCAAUGAUGGGUGGAGCUGAUGCUUUUCUCUCUGCGCUUCGCAAGUACGACAAGGAGAAUAUUCAUCCGGAUGUUGUAAAAGCCAUACAACCUUAUAUAAAUGACAAAGAAUUUGAUCCAGACAUUAUUUAUUCAAAGUCCCAGGCUGCUGCGGGCUUGUGCAGUUGGGUUAAAAAUAUUAUGGUGUUUCAUUACAUAAAUCUAAAUGUUAAACCCUUAAGAGCUGCACUGGCUCAAGCCAACGCAGAGUUAAAGGCUUCCAUGGAAAAAUUGGUCCAUUUGCGUCAACGUUUAGCGGAGUUACAAAAAGAAUUGGAUGUGCUCAGUGAGAAAAUGAGUGUUGCGGUCGCUGAAAAACAAAAGUGUCAAGAUGAAGCUGACACAACUGCACUGACUAUUGAUUUAGCGAACAGAUUAGUAAAUGGUCUUGCUUCGGAAAAAAUACGUUGGGCCAAAACUAUCGAUAUCUUAAAGACGUCAUGUGAAACCGUACCGGGUGAUAUGUUACUGGCGACAGCAUUUAUAUCUUACGUUGGAUGUUUUACUCGUCAGUAUAGACACGACUUGAUAAAUCUACAUUGGAUACCGUUUUUAGAUAAAUUAGAGCCUCGGAUACCACGUAAUAGGGAUUUAGACAUUCUAUCACUAUUAACAGAUGAUGCGCAAAUCGCACAAUGGAAUAAUGAUGACCAUGAUUUAUUGCAGAGAUUAUCAACAGCCGGGCCAAAUAUACUAAGCGAUGUUGUGCUGGUUAUUAAUUUAGAGACUACGAAAAAAAUGUCCGACGACAUUGAAAUAAAAGCUACGGAAGCUAAAAUAACAGCCCGUAAAAUAGAUGAAGCACGUGAAUCAUACCGUCCAGCUGCUUCGCGAGCAAGUCUUUUGUAUUUUAUACUAAAUGAUUUGUAUAAAAUAAAUAUGCUGUAUCAGUUUUCGCUGAAGGCCUUCAGCGUUGUUUUUAACAACGCGAUUAAAUUUGCUGAGACCUCAACUAACUUGAAAAAACGCGUGCAAUUACUUAUUGACAGCAUUACUUACCUUGUUUUUGUUUACACCAGUCGCGGGUUAUUCGAAUGUGAUAAACUUGUUUUCUUGUUACAAAUGAUUAUUCAGAUAUUGUUAGAUAAAAAUGAAAUAUCACGAUCAGAAUUAGAUUUUCUCCUUCGGUAUCCCCACAACACUGAUGUCGUAAGUCCUGUUGAGUUUUUAAGUAAUGCAGGAUGGGGCGGCAUUAAGUAUCUGAGCACUUGUAGUAUGACGGAAUUCAGGAAUCUUGAUCGUGAUAUUGAGGGUGCGGCUAAAAGAUGGAAAAAGUUUGUUGAAUCUGAAACACCAGAAAAAGAUAAAUUCCCACAAGAAUGGAAAAGUAAAUCUGCGCUACAGAGAUUAUGUAUUAUGCGAUGUUUGAGGGUUGAUCGUAUGACUUAUGCAAUAAGAUGUUUCGUUGAAGAAAAAUUAGGACCACGUUUUAUAGAAACACGAUCACCGGCAUUUGAAAAAUCAUUUGAAGAAAUGAGUUCUAUUACACCAGAUGUAGAAAAAUUAGGAAACCAGCUGGGAUUCACGUUUGACAAGCAAAAUUUCCACAAUGUAUCUUUGGGUCAAGGACAAGAGCUCGUAGCGGAAGAAAAAAUGAAAAUAGCCGCCGCAAAUGGUCACUGGGUUAUCUUGCAAAAUAUUCAUUUGGUUAAGAGUUGGUUACCAAAUUUAGAGAAAAAAAUGGAACAAUUAUCAACGAAUUCAAAUGAAAAUUACCGUUUAUUUAUGAGCGCGGAACCGAAUACUGAUCCGCAUGAAUCAAUAAUACCUCAAGGAAUUCUAGAGUCUGCUAUAAAGAUAACAAACGAACCGCCAACAGGAAUGCAUGCGAAUAUUCAUAAAGCACUGGAUAAUUUUAAUCAAGAAACCCUUGACUCAUGCACUAAAGAAUCUGAAUUCAAAGGAAUUUUAUUUGCACUUUGUUAUUUUCAUGCCGUCAUUGCUGAAAGAAGAAAAUUUGGAUCCCAAGGAUGGAAUAGAGUAUAUCCAUUUAAUGUCGGCGAUUUAACAAUAAGCAUAUCGGUACUGAUUAAUUACCUCGAAAAUAAUCUUAAAGUACCAUGGGAAGAUUUACGUUAUUUAGUUGGGGAAAUAAUGUACGGCGGACAUAUCACUGAUGACUGGGAUCGUCGAUUAUGUCGGACAUAUUUAUACGAAUAUUUACAACCAGAUUUAAUUGACGGUGAUUUAAAUUUAGCACCCGGAUUUGUCGCACCACCUAAUAGUGAUUAUGAUAGUUAUCAUCAAUAUAUUGACAUUUAUUUACCUCCCGAAAGCCCGACACUUUAUGGGUUGCAUCCAAAUGCUGAAAUUGGCUUUUUAACGGCCACUGCAGAAAAUUUAUUCAAAGUAGUCUUAGAAAUGCAGCCAAAAGACUCAGGAGAAGUCAAAGGGUCUGGGUCAUCGCGAGAAGAAAAAUUGCGCGGUAUUAUUGAAGAUAUUCUUGAUAAAUUACCCGAGGAAUUUAAUACGACUGACUUGAUGAGUAAAGUCGAAGAUCGUACGCCAUUUGUAAUAGUUGCGUUUCAGGAGUGCGAAAGAAUGAAUAUUCUAUGCGAUGAACUUCGUCGUUCACUUAAAGAAUUAGAACUUGGACUUAAAGGUGAAUUAACAAUAAAUGCAGAGAUGGAAGAUUUACAAAAUUAUUUACUCAUGGAUUUUGUACCGCCGUCAUGGACAGUACGCGCAUACCCAUCAACACUCGGACUCACUAAUUGGUUCGCUGAUAUGUUAAACAGAAUUACCGAAUUAUCCAAUUGGACUGCGGACUUUUUACUGCCGUCAUCAGUAUGGCUGGGAGGUCUAUUCAAUCCUCAGUCAUUUCUAACAGCAAUAAUGCAGCAAACAGCCAGAAAAAAUGAGUGGCCAUUAGACAACAUGUGUCUACAUUGUGACGUUAUGAAGAAAAGUAGAGAAGAAAUAGCAUCGGCACCCCGCGAAGGUGCUUACAUCAACGGGCUGUAUAUGGAAGGCGCUCAGUGGGACACUCAAUCUAAUGCAAUUAUUGACGCGCGGUUAAAAGACUUGUACCCGCAGAUGCCAGUUAUCUACAUAAAGGCAAUCACUCAGGACAAACAAGAUGUUAAAAAUAUUUACGAGUGUCCUGUGUACAAAACUAAAUCACGGGGGCCCACUUACGUCUGGACUUUUAAUUUGAAAAGCAAAGACAAGCCGGCAAAAUGGACACUUGCUGGCGUCGCUAUUUUAUUACAAAUUUAA